AUGUCCAAGGCCUUCGCCAAGUCCCUCUCCCAGCUCAACAAGGCCCUCAUCAGGAGGCUCAACGCCCUCGUCGUCACCCGGGCGCAGCCUGCGCCGGCGAGGCCGUCGCCGGAUGGUGGGCGCGUGGCGACGCCGCCGCAGCUGGACCUGGUGGAUGCGCUCCCGCCGUCGUCCGCGGCGGGCGGCGUCGCCGUGUGCAAGGUGGAGGGCGGCCUACUAAGGUCCUCCUCUGCCUUCCCUUACUUCAUGCUCGUGGCCCUGGAGGGCGGCGGGUUCGUCAGGGCGCUGCUCCUGCUGCUGCUCUACCCCGCCCUGCGCCUGCUCGGCCACGACAGGGCGGUCAGGGCCAUGGCCGUCGUCACCUUCCUCGGGCUCCGGAAGGACGCGUUCCGUGCGGGCGGGGCCGCGCUGCCCAAGCUGCUCCUGGAGGACGUGAGCGCCGAGGUGUUCGACGCGGCGGUGGCGCCGCCCCGCCGGCGGUGCGUGUGCGUCAGCGCCAUGCCGCGGGCCAUGGUGCAGCCGUUCCUGGUCCAGUACCUCGGUGUCGACGCCGUCGUCGCGCCCGAGAUGAGGGAGUUCAGGGGGUACUACCUGGGCGUCAUGGAGGACGAGAGCGAGUUGCUGCGUGCGCUGGACGUCGGGAAGGUGAUCGCCGGAGACAAGGCCGGCGGCGGCAGUGACGACGACGUCGUCGGCGGCGUUGCUGGACUCGGGUCCUCGUUCGCCCAGGUGUUCCAAAAGCAUUGCAAGGAGGUAUACGUGCCGACCGAGUCGGCACGGCGGCGAUGGCACGCGCUCCCGCGGCGGCGCUACCCGAAGCCCCUCAUCUUCCACGACGGCCGGAUCGCCUUCCGUCCGACGCCUGCCGCGACGCUCGCCAUGUUCAUGUGGGUGCCAAUGGGCGCGGCCCUCGCCGUCGUCCGCAGCGCCACCUUCCUCGUCCUCCCGUUCUCUCUCUCCGUGCCCCUCCUCGCCGCCCUCGGCAUGCACAGUCGCCUCAUCGCCAACCCCUCCUCGGCGUCCAAGAACCUCUUCGCCUGCAACCACCGCUCCCUGCUCGACCCGCUCUACGUCGCCGCGGCCGCGAGGCGCGCGGACCUCGCCGCCGCUACCUACAGCAUCAGCCGCCUCUCGGAGGUCCUGUCGCCGAUCCCCACGUUCCGCCUCACCCGGGACCGCGCGGCGGACCGCGCCGCCAUGCACGCGAAGCUGCAGUCGCGCGGCCCCGGCGGCGGCGGGCUGGUCGUCUGCCCCGAGGGCACCACCUGCCGCGAGCCGUACCUGCUGCGGUUCAGCCCGCUGUUCGCCGAGCUCGGCCACGACGUGGCGCCCGUGGCGCUGCACUCGUCGGUGGGCAUGUUCCACGGCACGACGGCGGGGGGGUGGAAGGGGCUGGACCCACUGUUCCUGCUCAUGAACCCCGUGCCGGCAUACAUCGUGCAGUUCUUGGACACCCUCAAGUGCGGCGGCGACGGCCCGGAGGCGGCGCGCGCCGUGGCGAACGAGCUGCAGCGGCGGAUCGCGGAGGCGCUGGGGUACACGUGCACGGGGCUGACGAGGAAGGACAAGUACCUCAUGCUCGCCGGCAACGAAGGCCUCGUCGACGUCAACCACGGCGGCGGCGCCAAGAAGAAAUCUCCUACUUGUGCUACCUAG